AUGGAGGUAGUUGCAAAUAAACUGAGAAGAGCCGAGGAUCUAGACUCUAAUGAUUUGAAAUAUUGGGUUACAUAUAACUUCCUAGCGUUUCCUAAAGAAGAACAAGAUAAAGUAAAAGCAUUAGUUGAGAGAUAAUAAUGGUUUUGGAGAAGGUCUAUGUUUAUCCUACCUCCUUUAUUCUAUUUCUCCUAUGCUAUUGUUAGCUAUCAGUAUAGAUCUAGACUCUUGCCUAAUAUGAUUAUAUGCUCUGGGAUAUGUCUUGGAUUUACUAAGUUAGGUCUUUAUAGCAGUAAUAAAGAUAUGAGCAUUUAUUACAAAGAGUUAUUUGAUAAAUACAAAGAUGAGGUGCUGGAUCCCUAAUUUAGAGGUUUGAAAUUACACAAGCAGAAAAAGAUAUAUCAAAUCGAUUAGAAAGAAUUUACUAGCAGUAAAUUUGAUGAUCUUAAAGCAAUGGUUAUGUCAUAAAUGAGGAAAUGA